AUGGUGAAGGCAGCGGCGAGCAACGGCAGCGCGGCGGCGAGGCAGCAGCAGCUGGAAGGCGGGCAUGGCAAUGGCGGCAAGAUGAGGACGUACAAGGGCGUGAGGAUGCGGAGCUGGGGCGCGUGGGUGUCGGAGAUCCGAGCGCCGGGGCAGAAGACGAGGAUAUGGCUCGGCUCCCACUCCACCGCCGAGGCUGCCGCGCGCGCCUAUGACGCCGCCCUGCUCUGCCUCAAGGGCGCCGCCGCUGCCGCCGAGCUCAACUUCCCCGUGCGGUUCCCCUUCGACCUCCCGCCCGCCGCCAUGUCGCCCAAGUCCAUCCAGCGCGUCGCGGCAGCCGCAGCCGCCAGUUCCAGCGCUCCCGUCGACUUCACCUGUUCCGGCAGCGCCAGCCCCAGCGCUAGUGAUAAUUGCAUCGCUCCGGACUGCAGCUCCAGCAAUGCCUCGGCGGUGAGCUCCCCGGAGACGGUCGCCAGCUGCAGUGACACCGCCGACCACGACGGCUACGACAUCGUAGGAGGCCUCCCGGAUUACAGCGCGCUCGCGGACAUCGACGCGUUCUUCCAGUCGCCCAAGUGCAUGGAGUACGCCAUGAUGGACCCGUGCAGCUCCUUCUUCGCGCCAGCGCCCAUGGAGAUGGAGGACGGGUGCGGUUGGGAGGAGGAAGGCCACAUUGCGCUCUGGAGCUUCUCCUCUUCUUUCUGA